AUGGCUGAAGAGUCACCAAAUCGACGGGGCGUGGAUUUUAAUGCGUUCAAUCUUACAAACGAAAGUAUUGACCAAGGUCAAAAAUGGGCUCUGAAUAUGAGACUUCAAUUGCUUGGUAGGGAAGUGGCUGAAAGAUUCCACGGUGUUAGGGAGCUUGGGUUGAAGCAACACAAGACCCUGACUUAUCGCCAAACCUACUGGAUCUGUCUAAUUUGGCAAUCGUUCACCCCUUUCACGUCACUAGCAUGGUUCGCGACGCUUCGUGGCCAUCUCGCGGGCGCAGUGCUUGACGAAAGCAAGCCGAAGUACAGCUCCGACAAUCUCUUUUUCCAGAAUCGUGACCCUGAAGGCCGCGGAGGUCUUCGUAUUUUGCCCAAGCGCGAUAUUGGACACAGAAGCCUGGGACGAAUCCAAGUCAUCGCUCGUCUUGUAGAUUUCGAACGGCGGUAA